AUGACCGCUUAUAUACUAUAUGCUAUAAGCUUCUUAAUUCCAAUAAUCAUCUGGUGGCACCGAUUCACACCCAUCACUCUACCCGGUGUACCACAUUGGUCUGAUGGUCACAUUCUAUGGGGUGACUUACCUCGACUGAGAAACAUUCUGCAGAAUAAUGGAUCAUUCACCGAUUUUCUAGAUCUAUCAGCAAGCACACUCGGACCAAUAUGUCAGAUAAGACUUGGCCCCUUCGCUCAUAUGGUCAUCAUAACGGAUUAUAUGGAGAUGGAAUCCCUCCUUCUUCGACGUCAUCAAUCACUCGAUCGAUCAUCUCAAACCACGAGUCUAUUCAAAACAAUCUUAACUCGAGCUCUACUUACCCUGAAAACCGGUGAAGUUUGGAGGCAUCAUAGGAGAGCGAUGGGAAGUGCGAUGACUCCUCGAUUUCUUGCUCUUACGAUGCCGAAUAUUACUAGAUCUGCUCAGAAUUUGGACUUGGAGAGUGCCACGAUGGAUGCGAUCUGUGGAAUGGCAUUUGGUAAAUCUUGGGGCGUUGUUCCAAGUUAUAUAGACCAGUUGGGACGGAUCAACACACAUACGGAAGGGGGACCUGUCGAAAUUGGUGACAGAGAUGAAUUGAUAUUCAGGCUGGAAGCACCUGAUUUAGCUAAGAAUACAUGGUAUAUCUUCAAAGCCGUUCCCGUUCAAAGUCCAUUUCCCACUUUCACCCACUUCUUCACUCGACUCAAACCAAAUUAUCUGUACCACGUCAAGCGAAUAGACGAUUUCUUAUCCGGUAGAUUGUAUGAAGCUCGACAACGCAUCCUUACAACCUCACAUGAAGUGGCGUCGGAAGUAGCAGAUAACACUCUGGAUUUGUUGGUAGGAAAGGGAAUGCAGGAAGGUGAUGAAGCAAUGUCAGAUGAUGAGAUCAAACAAGAGCUCUUACAAUGUACCGAGACUUCUUCCACGACUCUUGCAUGGUGGUGUAAAUUCAUGACAAAUAACCCAUCCAUACAAACAAAGUUACGAGGACAUCUUCUCGAACGUUUACCCCAAGAUACCGACAUGAAUAUGAAUUUUGACGAUCUCAGUCCUGCCUAUGUACCAUACCUUGAAGCGGUGGUUCAUGAAACCCUUCGGAUGGCUCGUACUGCCGGAGGCUUCCUGAGAGAUACCAAAGAAGAUAUGAUGAUACUCGGUCAUCAUAUCCCGAAGGGUACAACCCUUGCGUUUCCAACUUCGAUAGGAUACCAGGAAUGCUCACUUGUCGACCACAAACGGCCCAAAUCACCCAGCACCGAGUCUCAUCAUACUACAGAUCACGAUCAGAAAAGACGAGUAGGGUAUUGGGACUACGGCACCGGCCAUAAAUUCGAUCCCGAAAGGUGGUUAACUGAAGAUGGCCGAUUCAAUCCAAUCGCCGGACCAAAUCUGCCUUUCUCACUUGGUCAACGUAGAUGUUUCGGUAAGAACCUAGCUCUUCUCGAGUUAAAACUGUUCAUCGCACAGCUCAACCUUUCGUUCUUCUUCGCACCGAUACCCGCAGACCAGAACCGCUUUGAUCGACUUGAUAAUGUCAUCAGCCAUCCUAAGGAUUGCUUCAUUCGACCUAUAACUUGGACAAAGAGGAAUGCGAGCUGUUAG